AUGAAGAUCUGUGGAAAAGAUAGCGGAAUACGGAAGUUGCCUUUCAAAAUAAUAAAAACCAAAAAGACAGACAUCAAUGGCAAAAAAGAUGAAUGUUUGAUCUGUAGAACUCCUUGUCGUACAUUAUUCCUUUCAAAGCAGACAAAUCCCGAUAUUCAAUCACUGUUCAUGGGAAUAGAUGUGUUAUGCAAGAAAUAUUCAAAAGAAAUAACACAGAUUUCAGAAUUUCAAGAGAAACAUCGUAAACAUUUAUUAGCAUACCACAGACAAAAGACAGUAAAGUUGGAAGAAUCCCUCAAGAAAGUAACACAACAAAUACAUCAGAUGCAAUGUAUGAAACCUCCUGAACAAGCUGCAGAACUACCAUUUUCCAGUACAACUAGAAAUCCACUUUCCAUUCCUUCAAGAGUACAGAAUGGUUAUUCUUCAUGUUCUCUUCAUCCUAGUCAUCCUUCCACUUCUGAAAUAAGGGAAUCAAUGGAGAUUGAUCCUGUACCUUCACCAAUGAGAAAACCCGAGACACUGCCCGGUCCCACAAGAUUAUCAUUAAUUCCUCCACCGCAAGAUGGACGUAUGGGUAGUGUAUCCUACAGAAGUUCUCAGUCAUCUGGAAUAAUGUCAAGUCAAAAUAGUAGAGCAGGAACUACAAGAUCCACACCUAUAAGACUGCCACAUAGUGGAUGUUCACUUACAUCAUCGUCUGGAUCACAAAGCAGUAGAAGGGGGUCAUGGGAUACUUCUGAUUUCAGAACCCGUCAGCUGUAUCCAUUUACAUCACCUUCUACACAGUCAUCUGUAACAAGACUUCCAAUCACCAUCUCUGGACUUAUUCAAAGACAACAUUUAGGAUCGACUAAUUUUGGAGGACAUUCCUCAGCAAGAUAA